CAGCACAUGAAACAGCCAGCUGUCUAAAUAUCGACUCUUCAUCUGACUUUGACUAGCUUUUGACGUGAUGUCAUUUCGGAGUAACAUGACAGCAAAUAGGACCCAGCAGAGCUCUCCGGCGAACCUCACCUGUCCCCAAACGCACUUUUACUUUUCCACCUGAAGUCGCCUGCAGAAUCCCGACAUCUGUCAGGUCUUAAAGAUAACGGUAUGUUUUGUGCAUUGCUCUGCAGUUUGUUGCUCCUGCACGGCUCGGUCGGGGAGAUCGUGUUCCGCUGCCCGAGCUGCACCGCGGAGCGCCAGGCGGCGUGUCCCAAGCUCACCACUUCUUGCGAGAUUGUCAGAGAACCGGGUUGCGGUUGCUGUCCGGUUUGCGCACGGCAGAAGGGCGAGCAGUGCGGCGUCUACACGCCGAGAUGCGGGAGCGGUUUGAGGUGUUACCCGAGUGCGAAUUCAGAGUUACCACUGCAACAGCUGAUACAGGGACUAGGACAAUGCGACAACAAAGUGGACCUGGAGCCCACCAUGACCAACCAGGAGUCAGGACACAGUGGAGAAGUAAAUGGCACGCGCUCCCCUCCGAUGAAGAAGACCGGCAAAGAAAACACCUACCAGCACUACAAGGAAAUGGCUGUGAAGCAGCAUCACAACAGUAAGAAGAACAGGAUGUACAGCACCCUGGAUGAUCCCAAAACGCUUAUCCCCAAACUGAGCCAGUGUCAGCAGGAGCUGGAUAAAGUGUUAGAGAACAUCUCCCAAAUGACGUUCCAUGACAACAAGGGACCUCUGGAAAAUCUGUAUGACCUGAAGUUUCCCAACUGUGACAAGACAGGACAGUACAAUCUUAAGCAGUGCCACAUGUCCAACCACGGACAGAGGGGCGAGUGUUGGUGCGUCAACCCCUUCACUGGUGUCCAGAUACCCUCGUCCCCCAAAGUAAGGGGGGACCCCAACUGCAGCCAAUACUACGGCGGUCCCGAGCUGGAACCGCCAACCGCCCAGCAGAAAUAGACGCUCCAUCAGUGAGAUGCCCCGGGUCGCAAACGAGGAGUGUUAAAGCGAGUGCAAGAGCGAUGUGCAUGUGUGUAAUUCUGUACAUGUAUGUGUGUGUAUUUUCGAAAUAGUAUGAUCUGUAUUGUCAAUAGGAGUGUGGAAAGUCACAUGCCAGCAAAGACAAGUCAAGGACAGAUAGUUAAACUUCUCAAAUCCAGAUAACUGUACUCCAAAUUUAACUCUUGAGUGAUUGUUUUUUUUGUUUUUUUUUCUGCCUAUUUAUAGGCUCAUCUGGUGCCUUUUAAUCUUGUGACUGAAUCUGGUUCCAUGGAGGCCCUUAUACAGCAUUUGCAGCUGUUCGGUGUGAAGAUGUGUCCGUUUAAUUCUCUCUUUUGUUUUUGGAGACCCAAUAAAAAUGGUUGCAUGUUUAUUGCACCAUUGGUCACCAGAAACAAAUUACAGCAAAUGAAAAUGCACAACAGCAGCAACUUGACAUUCCAAAUUAUGAAACCAAAAAUUAUGACUCGUUGACAGAGAAAGUGGAGGGGUCGUGAUUUGUUCGCUGAUUUGAGAGGGUCUGUGCUUGAGAGGCUGGAGGCCAUUUUGACUACUUGAGUACCCAACAGAUAAAUCAACCUCGAGUACUCAAGUGCCGCUUUUCCGCAUGAGUGUUGCAUUAAGACCAUGCAUUCAAAACAUUUUUAAAAUGUUUCUCUAAACCACUGCUUUCGUUUCCAUUCAGUUGCCUUGGGCUAAAAGUCACUGUGUACGCAAGUUACUAUGUGGUGUUACUGCAAAUUUCUGUCCCUUUUACCAAUCGGAGCACAAAGAUCUAAAAGCCAAAAAUGUCACAGAGACAAAUGCUAAACUGAAAAUGAGGCCCCAUUUUACUGAAGUUCACUCAAUUAAGUGUGUUUUCACAAUCGAUAAUUGCCGUCGCUUCCAGGUACUCGAGAUCUGGCCAUCCAUGCUCCUGGCGACUGAUAGACCUCUGUUCUCUUGCUGUCUCUCGAUCAUGUGGUUGAAUGCAGGUGGUGUAUGUGUGUGUUUGUAGAGUGGGGAUCAGCGUUUACUAAUGAUGUGCUGACAGAGGGCUAGAUUUGGACACAGGGCUGACAUUGACAAAUGCGAUAUAAAGUGGGUUAAGUGCCUAUAAAUAAACACAAGUUUGCCUGCAGUGCCAGUGGGCUGUGGCUCACCUUGCUUCACUCUCAUCUGCAGAGGGAUGUGUUGGGGAUUGGCAAGGGUGAUUUUGCCCAGUGUAACUUUUGAAUUUGGAGUUGAAGAGUUCUCUGAAGGAAUGUGAAAAAACAUUAUUUUUUUCCUCCUUGGAUAGCCCAAUGCAACACGCUUUUCUAAACAAAAAAGCUUGAACUUAGUGAAAGUAUAUGAUUUAUUCUUGGUCACAAUUGGAAUCUGUGGGGAACUACAGGGUUAGACUAAGUUGGUCCAAUAGAAAAUUGAAAACAAUGAAGUAACAUACAGCGGGGUCCAAAAGUCUGAAUCUUAAAUUCAAAAUCUUACUAAAAGCUUGCGCCAGUGCAAACCCUCUUUUGGUUUUAUAAAACUACUGUCAGGAUUUACUAAAGACACGCAGUGAAAAAUUAACUCUGAAAAUCCAUGGACAAAGUUAUUUUUGCGGCUGACCUUAUUGCAUUUGUAGCAGUUUCCUUUUCAGAUGCAAAAUUUAUGGAAGGAGAGUAUUUAAAUUAAUCAUGCAAGGUGAUUUACUAAGGUUUGUGCUAGUCAAUUUACUGGUAUUUGUGCCAUUAUUUACUGCCCAAAAAAAAGCAUGUCAUGCGCUCUCAAGCCCAAUUGUCUUGUUUAGUAAAUCUGGCCCUUAGUAUUCUGUGAAAUAAAAAUAAAAAUAAAAAUAAAAAUCAGAUUCUGCACAAUCUAGGUCACUAUUCAGUAAGUAAAUGUGUAAAGUUUGGGCUCCUUAAGAUUUUUUUCUUUAAUAACCACACUGUUUAUUUGAUUAAAAAAAAAAAAAAAAAAAAA